AUGGCCAUGUGGUUAGAAGAGAGAACAGUCAUUGGCUAUACCACAGAGAGCAAUGAGCUUCAAGAUUAUUGGGACGGAUCAUGUGGAGGUAGAUACUUCUCUCAAGCCGGGAUCUUUUCAUCUCCCAAUUAUCCUCUAAACUACGGAUCCAACGAGGUAUGCGUCUAUCUCAUCCGAAUCCCUAACGCCCAGAACAUCCAGAUCAGACUGACUGAGUUCAAACUCGAAACAAACAGGGAUUUCUUAGAGAUUGGUGGCGGGGCUGUACCGGCCUACGGUGAGGGUCAGGUCCUGUUAACCGGGAACAACCUCUCACUGCCACUUGAAGAAUUGAUCGACGACAGACAAGCUUGGAUUAUCUUCAGCAGUGAUUUCAACAGCCAGGAAAAGGGAUUUCAAGUUGAAUAUAUCGCAGAUCUUGAUGCAUGUGCUUCCUCUCCGUGUCGGAACUCUGGAGGGUGCGUAGAUGGCGUGCUCACAUUUGAUUGUGUUUGUACAGCUGGCUGGACAGGAACAACCUGUACCACGAAUCUUGAUGAGUGUAGCAGCGAUCCCUGUCUGAAUGGGAUAUGCACUGAUCAGAUCAACGGAUAUGUCUGCUCGUGUGACGCUGGUUGGAUGGGAACGAAUUGCGACACCAAUAUUGAUGAGUGUUCUAGUCUGCCAUGCGCCAAUGGAGGAAAUUGUGUUGAUGAAGUCAACGGCUAUACAUGUGUGUGCCAGCCAGGAUACGCGAAUACACGUUGUGAGACGGAGAUUGAUGAGUGCGCCAGUAACCCGUGUGUGAAUGGAGCGCCUUGUAACGAUCAGGUCAACCAGUAUUCAUGCUCAUGUUCUCCUGGAUGGACUGGUGAAUUCUGUCACCUUAAUAUUGAUGAAUGUGCCAGUAAUCCUUGUCGAAACGGAGGUACAUGCGAGGACAUUGUUAAUGGAUAUAACUGCAUAUGUGCAUCUGGGUUUGAAGGCUCUAAUUGCGAGACAGAUAUCAAUGAGUGUGCCAGUCAGCCCUGUCUGAACCUAGGUGUUUGCCAGGAUGCUGUCAAUGGAUUCAUCUGUGUGUGCAGCUCGGGAUGGACAGGAACUAUCUGCGAUCAAAAUAUCAAUGAGUGUGCAAGCUCGCCUUGUGUGAACGGUGAUUGUGUGGACGGAAUCAACCGCUAUAGCUGUGACUGUGAUUCUGGCUGGCAUGGUAUUAAUUGUGACCUAGAUUAUGAUGAAUGUGGACAAUCGCCAUGUUUCAAUGGAGGUGGCUGUAUAAAUGGAUUAGACAUGUUUACAUGUGUAUGCACUUCUGGCUGGACCGGUGUCGUCUGUACUGAAGAUGUAAACGAAUGCGAUAGUAACCCAUGUGCCAAUGCUAUACAGUGUGCCAACGGUCGUAAUAGAUAUACGUGUACGUGUCAGGCUGGGUGGACGGGCACAAACUGUGAUCAGAAUAUCAACGAAUGCAUCAGCAACCCAUGCCAGAAUAGUGGUCUAUGUGUUGAUGGCGUCAAUGGAUAUACUUGUGAUUGUCAGAAUGGCUACGAGGGAACACACUGUGAAAUAGAAAUAAACGAGUGUCUAAGCCUACCAUGUCAGAAUUCCGGAGUAUGCACUGAUCAGAUCAACGGGUAUAUCUGCACCUGUUUGCUUGGAUUCCAAGGACCACAAUGCCAAAAUGAGAUCGAUGAAUGUGCGAGUAACCCGUGUUUGUUUGGUGACUGUGUGGACAUGAUUGCUCGCUUCAGCUGUGUCUGUUUGGGCGGCUAUACUGGAGUCACAUGCGGAGAAAAUAUCAAUGAAUGUGUUAGCAACCCUUGUGAUAAUGGAGGAAUCUGUGACGAUUUAGUGGCUGCCUAUCAGUGCGCAUGCACGUCGGGAUGGACUGGCGAUAACUGCCAGCAAAAUAUCAAUGAAUGUAAUAGCUUGCCAUGCCAAAAUGGAGGAAACUGCGGAGAUUUGGUGAAUGGAUACAUCUGUUCAUGUGCUUCAGGCUACACUGGGACAGUCUGUGAAACAGAUAUCAAUGAAUGCGAGUCCAAUCCAUGUCAGAAUAGUGCACCAUGUUCAAACCAAGAGAAUGAAUUCGUCUGUAGCUGUCCGGCAGGUUACGAUGGAGAGAUGUGUGAAAACGAUAUCAACGAAUGUAACAGCGCCCCUUGUCAGAACGGGGGAACAUGUAAUAAUGAAAUCGAUGGGUUUACCUGUGAUUGUAGGAAUGGAUACGGAGGAAUCAUGUGUCAAACUGAAAUCAACGAAUGUGAAAGCGACCCAUGUUUGAAUGGAGCAGACUGUAAUAAUAACCUAGGUGCCUGGGAAUGUUUAUGCGCCCCUGGAUUUACCGGAAUCAUGUGUGAAACAGAUAUUGAUGAAUGUUCGUCUUCCCCAUGCCAGAACAACGGAACAUGUGUAAAUGAAAGGAAUCAUUAUACAUGUGAAUGCAAUGCAGGUUACCAGGGAUAUAACUGUGAAACAGAAAUCAACGAGUGUUAUAGCAAUCCCUGUACUAAUGGAGGGACCUGUACUAAUCUGAUAGAUGAAUUCGAGUGCGCAUGCCUACUUGGUUUCACGGGAGAACGCUGCCAAACAGAAAUCGGGGAAUGCAGUAGUGCGCCUUGUUUAAACUCUGCCACCUGUGUCGAUCAAGUGAAUGGAUACAGGUGUCUUUGUCCGCCCGGAUGGGCAGGUAUCAAUUGCGAUCAAGAUAUUGACGGAUGCGGUAGCAGCCCAUGUCAGAACAAUGGUAUGUGUAUUGAUCAAGUCAAUGGAUAUCUCUGCGGCUGUUUGGAUGGAUUCGCAGGAACACACUGUGAAAGCAACAUCGAUGAAUGUUUCAGCGGGCCAUGCUUUAAUGGAGCGACUUGUCUUGAUAUGAUCGAUGGCUAUGAAUGUGAAUGUGCACCAGGGUGGAAUGGAACUACUUGUGGAAUAGUGAUUAAGCAAUACAGUGUACCAAGAUGGAUGUUGUACCUCCACUGACCCUCCUGGUAACCACUGGAUACCUCUUGAUGCUCUUCUUCAACUGGCAGGCAGGGGUAGGACCAGACUCUGAGUUCUCUUUGGGUCUCUUUCGCUCCACGCCCGGAAACCGGUCGCGCGAGUUCCAGUCACCUAUCGCCCCUGCAGGGUACACCUUCGGUAUUUGGGGUGUCAUCUAUUCAGGAACAGGGACC